CUGUGCGCAGCGGGCGAGCCGGCGAGCUGUCGGCGGGGCGUCGGCGCAGGGCUCCGGAGCCCCAGCUGGGAUCCCCAGGACCUGGUCCAUGGUGUGGAAAGGACUGGAUGGUGUGAGCAGCUCUCGUGGACGCCCCACCUGGCUCCCAGCUCUCCUGGGCCCCGCCCCGUCUGCUUGGAGAAAGUGAUGUGACCGCUCCUUGGCAUUGGCAAAAGGACUUUGGGGGCGUGUACAGCCUCUGGAGGGAAGUGGUCCUCGCUCUCUUCCACAAAAUAGACCUUUUCAACUUCCAAAAUGCCAGCCAAGACCCCGAUAUACCUGAAAGCUGCCAAUAACAAGAAAGGAAAGAAAUUUAAACUGAGGGACAUUCUGUCCCCCGACAUGAUCAGCCCUCCCCUCGGAGACUUCCGCCACACCAUCCACAUUGGCAAGGAGGGCCAGCACGACGUUUUUGGGGACAUUUCCUUUCUCCAAGGCAACUAUGAGUUGUUACCUGGAAACCAGGAGAAAGCCCGCCUGGGCCAGUUCCCGGGGCAUAACGAGUUCUUCCGGGCCAACAGCACCUCUGACUCCAUGUUCCCAGAAACACCCUCCCCCGUGCUCAAAAAUGCCAUCUCCCUCCCAACCAUUGGAGGGUCCCAAGCACUCAUGCUGCCCUUACUGUCCCAGGUGACCUUCAACUCCAAACAGGAGUCCUUCGGGCCAGCAAAGCUGCCCAGGCUCAGCUGUGAGCCUGUCGUGGAGGAAAAGCCGCCGGAGCAAAGAAGCCUGCUGGAGAAUGGGAGCACCCACCAGGCAGACACUUCCUGGGGCUCCAGCGGGUCCGCCUCUCAGUCCAGUCAGGGCAGGGACAGCCACUCGUCCAGCCUCUCGGAACAGUACUCCGACUGGCCGGCUGAGGACCUGUUUGACCAGCCUGCCCGGGGCAAGCUCAAGGCAAAGACGACAUCAGAGGAGUCCCUCUCGGAUCUGACCGGCUCCCUCCUCUCCCUGCAGCUCGACCUGGGGCCCUCGCUCUUGGAUGAAGUGCUAAACGUCAUGGAUAAAAACAAGUGACAGCCCCCCUGCCCUGGUCCCCGGAGGUGAAAGGGACCCAUGAGCCAAAACGAGCCACGGUCGGAGAGGGGAGCAGGGGAGCGUCAAGGGCUGGAUUUGCAAUCAGGCGCACCGUGGGUUUCCUAAGAUGACGUUCCUGCGAGAUAUUUUUGUACCUAUUGUGUUAUGUCCUGUCUGCAACACGUUUAAAACAACCACAAUAAAAACCUGUCUUGGGGAAAAGAGGAAAUGAGUCAGUCAGAGCCCACUUGGGGCGGGCACUGCUGAGGGUCAACUCUCAUUUCUGUGUGCAGACAUCAAGGCCGGAGCCUGGCUUGGCCAGGAUUGGCACUUGUUAAAGAAGGGCCAGGCGAGCCCCGGGAUGGAGCCUGACAGGACUCCGGCAUUUUCUGAGCAAGAGGAAGUCAAGAUUAUUUAACACUCAAGCCUUUUUUUUUUUGCUAGACGCUUUUGUAUAUUAUCUCAUUUGGGCUCACCAGAGCGAAUUCUCCAGUAUUAAAAUCUUUCCCCGUUUUCACAUUUGCAUAAUGUUAAGGGUUUGGGGACGUUUCUUGUAGCUCUUAUAUAUUCCCUAUAUGUUAUAUCUAUAUUGCCAAAAUUUGACCGUCAGCUACGUGUUGGUAAGACACAAAGCCAAGUAUUACUGUAACUAAGUUAUUUUUAAAGUUAAAAUAUAUUUUUAUGUGCCUUCGGCUUUCUAUUGCAGAGUCUACAUUUUAUAGAUGCAGCAUCCAAUGUCACCCGGCCUGUGUCCAUACGAGCAGUGUGCGUAUGUGUUUGGAACAGUGUGCUCAUGCUCGGCGUCUCUCUUUGCUUCUCUUUGGUUUCACCUGCCGUGUUCCUGUCAGCAGUCCGCCCUGACCUGUACAGUGUGAGGGCACAGGCUGUUCACGACGCUUCUGCAGAGACUGGGCCUCACCACACGAUGUCUAUGGAGAGAUGGGUGUUCGUGCAGUACAUACUUGCAUUACAUAGGUACUUCAUGCAACACAAUAAAGAGUAAACAUUAAAAUGAACGUUGCUUAUUUAUA